ACAAAUUUAGCGAACAUGGCUGAAGCAGCAGCUGUUGGAGGUGUCAUCGCCUACGAAGUCGCCGAAACUACCGUACAAGUCGGUGCGGCCGGUUAUGCAGUCGCCAAACCUACACUGCCUCUCAAAGCAAGCUUCGUCCAGAUCGCAACAGCUACCGACGAUGACACCAGGCUCUCGGUCGUACGCUCGGACCACUCACUCACAGUGGUCAAGAACAAAGCAUAUAUCUUCGGGGGCGAAACUGGCGCGGGAAAACUGGCAAGCAACGACAUCCAUGCGGUGACGGUAGAUCGGCCAUCAGAGGCAAAGUCGCAGUACGAGCCAGAGUAUUCAGUCUUGCCUGCGGUACCUGAUGUCGAAGGCCAGGCUGUUCCCAAGGCGAGGACGAGGCAUGCGGCGACACACUUCAAUAUCUGCGUAGCUGUCUUUGGAGGUACCGAUCAAGACGGAACGCUGGUCGAUGAGGAGCCCAUCAUUUGGUUAUAUGUGACAGGCAAGUCGGCCUGGGAGAGUCUCCAGUCCGAAAAAGGCCCUACUCCGGUGCAGAGAAGUGGUGCCAGACUCUUUGAACUCAACAACAACUUGGUGCUGUAUGGAGGCGUGGAUGGUCAUGGAGAAGCUCUGCACGAUGUCUGGCACUUCUCCUACGCACAAAAGACGUGGUCGCAGUUACCGAGUGCACCUGUCAAUACGAGGAAUGCUGCUCUCGUGGAUGGCGUGCUGUACCUGAUCGCCGGCACAGAUAACAUGAGCAGCGAUGUACACUCACUCCAUCUUCAUCCAAACGAAAAAGCCGAAGCAACUCUCCACGUCAAUGCAGACAAGGAGACAGCAUGGAGCACCGUCUCCUUUCCCACGAACCCUCUUGCUCCAGGACCUCGACCUCGCAUUGGCGGCGGAACCCUGCCCAUCAGCACAGGUUAUGGCCGCAAUUAUCUGCUGUACUUCUUCGGCGCCCGGCAGACUCCAAAUACGACAGAAGCGAUGACUCCAGAAGACACCGACGAUCCAUCACAAUGGAGCGAUACGUGGACCUAUCAGAUCCCUUCCAGCAGUGCAGAAGUGAAGCCCGCGUUCAGCAUAUCGGAAGCAAUCAAGCCUGCGAGAAUUAAGGAUGCCAUUCGUGAAAAACUGGGAUUCAGCUCAGGAGAGAAGAGCUGGGCUGAAGUCGAGGUACAGCCACCAGGAGACUUGGUGGUUGGGACAGGAAAGAUCCAUCCCGGUCCUCGUGCAUUCUUUGGGUAUGAUGUUAUGCCGGAUGGACACGGUAUCGUUGUGUGGGGCGGUUUGAAUGCAAAGGGCGAGCGCGAGGGAGAUGGCUGGAUCAUCAGGUUCUCGUGAUGGGGGCCCGUGAAUACCUAUAUCGACAGAACUUCACAGAACUGCCUCGUGACGAGGGAGGAGAAUGUUAGAAACUCCUGCAGUGUACCAGUAGCUCAUAUCUUAAGACCUCACAUCAAUGAUCUCA